GGUCUGGAUAUUGCCUUGGUUAAGGCUCUCAGCAGUGUCUUCUGCCUCAUUUAUUCCUGUGCGUGACCUUAAGAAGGUGGAUAGAGGCAAACAGCCAACUGGCUUUAUCCCACAAUUUCAGUCUGAAUGUCAGUUUUAGAUCAUCGCAUAUAAACAGACGAUCCAUCCGAACGUACGUUGGAAGACUACAAAAUUCUGAAUGUGUGUGGGCAGCAUAAGUUACUUGCAUGGCAGUUUCUGUAUCAAACAAAUAUGAAUCUAAACAGCUAAUGAAACACCAAUGAUUCCUGAAGAAAUUGUACUAAGAUGAAAAUUGCUUCAUUUAACGCCAGGAGAUUUGGAGUGAAGAAAUGUUCAGACCCCAAGGUCUCCGCAGUUAUCACCAAGAUUGCGGCGCGUUAUGACAUCAUUGUGAUUCUAGAAGUGUUUGAUGCAAAGGAAAAAGCAGCCAAGAAGCUCGUGGAGCAGUUGAACAGCUGCAGUGACGAACGUUAUAAUUACAUUCUGAGCACGCCUUUGGGGAGAAAAGAAUACAAGGAACAAUACCUCUUUGUCUAUCGGGAGGAGCAGGUGAAGGUGAAGGACACGUAUCAGUAUGAAGAUAUGCAGCAUGGAGAUGAAGAUUCCUUCGCCCGAGAACCCUUCAUUGUCAGAUUUGAAGCCAAAAAGUCUGCUCUGAAAGAUUUCGUUCUGAUUCCGAUACACACGACUCCAAAGGACUCGGUGCAGGAGAUCGAUGAGCUGUAUGACGUCUAUGAGCAUGUUAAAGAGAAAUGGGGUACCGAGAAUAUAAUAUUACUUGGAGACUUCAAUGCAGAUGGAGCCUAUGUUUCAAACAAAAAAAUGAAGACGAUCCGGUUGAGGACAGAUCCUGAUUUACACUGGCUCAUUGACGAUGAUACAGACACAACAGCUAUCAACACAACAGACUUCUCCUAUGAUCGAAUUGUUGUUCACAGCUCAAUACUCAAACACGUGGUUCCCAACUCAGCCAAACCCUUCAACUUUCAAGAGGAAUAUAAAAUGUCCUAUGAGGAGGCUGUCGCAGUGAGCGAUCACUAUCCUGUGGAAGUAGAAUUUAAUCCUGCAAAAGGAAUAAAACGAAAGAAGAACUGACAUUAAAGUAUAUGUCUCUGUUUAUACUGUAUGUCUAAUAAAACAGAUUUUAUAAAAAAUGUGAA